GUGUUGUGUCGACCAGUGAACUUAGUAGUUGUUCCAAUAUUAAUAAAAUUUCGACCAAAAUGCAGUCCAAAACUUCUGCAAUCGCCGUGCUCGUAGUGUUAUUAUCAUUAGUGUAUAAAUCGUCCGCAAUCCAAUGCUACUACUGCAAUAGCGCCAAUAACAGCGCCUGUCUCGACCCUAACGAGAUAGAAGAAGAGAUCCGCGGACGCAUCAUACCGGCCGUGGACUGCGCAGCCGCCAUCCCGCAGCCCAUCUCAGUGAAAUUCUUUUGCCGGAAGAUCGUGCAGACCAUUUACCACACGCGGCGCGAGAAUGAUGUGCGCAUAACUCGGGGCUGCGGUUGGAUGCCUUCUGAAAAGCCGUGCUACCGCGCGGACAAUAGUGACCAUCUAGAGACGGUGUGCCAAUGCUUCACUGACCACUGUAACAGCGGUGACCACGUCAGCUCCGACACUGCAGUAGCUCUCUUUUUGUUACUCUCUUCUGUCCUGUACUUCUACCGUUAA